AUGUCUCAUGGAGAGCAAGGCAAGAGUCUAAAUUUCCUUACGCAGACCUGCCUGUUAGACCAAACUCAGGGCAUACAUGCAUUAACAGAAAAGUGACAGCAACGCGAUACUUCCGUGUCGGCUAACGAGAACUAGCUCGCUGUGACAGCCACCGUGACACCGGUCGUAGUGAUCCACGUACAGCAGCAAUCGUCGCUCCGGUGUUUGAGCCGUAAAGGAGAAUUCCGACACUUUACACCCACACAGAGGUGCUGUCUGCUGGCUUUAGGCGCCCUCACCGCACCUCGGACUGUCCGCAGAUCUCGUCCUUUGAUCGGCCAGGUCAGUCUGUCACAGCUAGCUGGCUCCGGGUUAGCUGAGGUUCGCCGCUGUCUUCGUUAGUAUUGUCUGAUAUUCUCAAUAUUAUUAAUGGGCAGUGAUAUAUAAAGUAAUAAACAUGUUGAGGAGGGGAUACAAGCCAACAAAAAGCAGUUUAACUUGAAUUAUGUAACUGACACAAGUCUUCCGUGGUGUUGCUGAGCGGACGUUAAAACCAGCUAAUGCUAAUGCUAAAGCUAAUGCUAAUAUUCAGCAUCAGCAGGUCUGGGGUAACCGUGCUAGUCUGUUUGUUUGUUUGUUUGUUUGUUUGUUGUCAGUCUCCGGAGAGAGUUAAAGAGAACAUGAAGAGGAUUAUCCAGAGCCUGCCAGGUCUGAUCAGAGUUUAGAAUGACCUGAUAAAAGCCUGCAGGUCUGUUUGGGGUCCAGAGUGGACCAUGAUCAGGGAUUCAGUUUACUUUACUGUCACUCAUGAAUCCUGUAAACAUCAUCUGACAGGUCAGGGCAGUUUCUCAGGAGUCCUCAUGUUUAAAGUGACUCGAGUUUGACUCCAGUUCUGUGGAUUUACUCGACUGUGGCAAACAUCACAACCAUGAUCAGUUUGAUCGAUAUUGUUAUUAAUGGUUAUCCGUGAUUUUCCAUCUGCAUCACACACAUUUAUGUAAAUGACAACCUUAUUAGAUAUACCUGAAUCAAAUAAGUGACAAAACAAUGUCUUUUAUCCACCUCUCUUUGUUUACCAAAUGUGUCUGAUAUAGAUAUAGAUUGAUAUAGAUAAUAUAGAUUUUCUAAAAGGUCAUAUGAACUUUUGAAAGGAAUCUUCAGCUCACCUGAAGAGCGUUGUCGUAGUUUUGGUGACAAUUCUCACUAAACUAAACAUCAGAUUAGGACUGGGCAAUUAUAUGAUCGGGAUUAAUGAUCGGGAUCAAUUUCAGUCCGAUCAUGGUGAACAGCUGUGAGUUUAUUUACUCGAUCAAACUUCGCGAAAAUGUGCAUCACAACAGCCAAUCAGAGUCGGGCUUUUCCUGCUCACUUCUGUAAGUUACUAAAGAAACUAAUGUCUAGUUUCUUUAGUUUGUUGUACAGAUGCUUUACAACUGGCAGUUUUUAAAAAAUUGUAAUAAUAGUCGAGAUCGGACAAAAUGACAGAAUAUAUCGUGAUCAUUUUUUUAAAAUUGUAAUAAUAGUCGAGAUCGGACAAAAUGACAGAAUAUAUCGUGAUCAUUUUUUUUGCCAAACCGCCCAGGCCUACCCAGUAGUCAUUAGCUUGUUGGGGUUUGUGAACGCUCCAGCCUCUCUCGUUGUGCUCAUUCUGUCCCUUGGCUUUUACAGACACACUCACAGAUACACACCUGCCUCCUCCUGUUCCUCUCCCUGCUCUCCUCUCUCCCUCUUCUGUUCCUCUCCCUGCUCUCCUCUCUCCCUCUUCUGUUCCUCUCCCAGCUCUCUCCUCUCUCCUCCCGUGGCUUCCACUUUUUGACUUCUUUACCAAACACGUUGAAGAUACAGUGGUCCACCUUUAAUCUUAGCUAGAGCAGCAACUUCCUUGUUCUGUCAAACUUUGUUUCACGCUGACUUGAGCUGCCUAUGAUGAAGUGAAAGACUUAAUUUAACAUACAGGAUGUAACGGGGGCAGCGCAGCAGGUGGCACAACAUUAUUCAGUCUUGAUUUGUGUCUGCAGACAGAAACUCCAUCCUGUUGUCUUGAACAGUGAAACCUAUGACUCACUAUGCUGUGUGAAAGUCAGAGAGGAUGUUUUUCCAGCCUGUUGUCAAUCAUCUGGUUUGACACUUUCCCCUCUCAGCAUUUUUGAGCUUUAAAGAUAAUUGCUUUGAAAUGAUCAGACUUGUUACUGAUAGUCUUGUUUGCAUUUUAGGGCCACAAAGAGGCGUCUGUGUCGGUAUCUCAACUGGUUGACAACUCCUCACAAUGCUCCUUACAGUUUAGGGUGGAGUUCACACGCUGCUGCUGCUGCUGCGUAUAUUUUAGGUAUUACUCUUGCUGGUAUACGUAAAGUUGCAUCCUAUGUUUGCUUAGAGUUGAGUAAAUAAAAGUUGCGUCUUCAGUCUGAAACGGUGGGUGUAAAAACAUCUCAUUGUCACGGCACAUCAUUUAUAACUUUGAGGGUUGAUGACUGAAGAGUUUGGCGUUCACGGAGCGUUUCUGAGAGAUUUGAAACCCUGCUUCAGUGGUGUACCCUGCGGUGCUUCUUUCUUUUGUAGAUUCGCUGUUUUCUGUUGUUGUGUCAGAACAUCUUCAAGAUUUGUACUAAGAACUAAAAUUCAAAGCAAAGAUUGUUUAGUGAUGAAAAAAAUGAGUCACCAAAGCUCAACGUUCAAGAAGGUUUGAGGCUCAGAGGUCUGAAAGAAGCUCAGACUACAGAUGCUGCUGAUUUGCAUCAAAAAGAGCAAGUGAAGGUCAGUCUAAUGAUGGAUUGUAUCCUGCCUGUGUGGCCUCAUCACAAAUGUAUGUAUAUUUUUAUCUGAUAUGUGCUAAUAUGAGCAGAUUUUUACAGGACAUGUAUUCAGAAAAACUGCUGGAGGAGGAUUUUAUGAAGGUUGUCAUCACAUGGUGCUUCAGCAGAGACGGCCUUAUAGUUUGUCAUAGUCCUUGCCUUGUCUGUUAGCAGCAGGGCAUCACAGCGUAUAAUAAACCUAUAAUGAGUGGAAAUGCUCAGGGCGCUAUCCUCUGAUCUAAUUAUUUGUUUAAGUUCAUUAAAUGCGGCUUUCAUUGGUUGCUGUUUGAACAUAAUCAUUAUUGGCCUCGGUGCGGAUAAUCUGAGGAGUCACUCGCUCAUAAAGUCAGGCCCUCGUCUGAGUAAAGGGUUUCCUUGUGUCGCUGUUUUGACUUCAAUGAUUUUCAGACUGGACAGUUCAAUCACAGUUUGUUUCUCUUCCAGGUGUUGCCCAGCCUCUCCCAGCCCCAUUGUGGAUCUGUAGCCCUCCCGGCAGGACAGUGGCAGAGCCAGAGCCAGACCCAUCGGGGACCAGACCACCAGGCAGCAGGGCUCCAUGAGCGCGACGGGGCAGCAGCAAGGGGGGGGCCUGCGUUCUCGCCGAAGCCUUGUCCGGGACAAGGACCCCGGGCAGGGCAUGGGCAUGGAGGCGGCCUGCUGGCUGGCCCCCGGAGUGCUGCGCAGGCUGAUUGAGCUGCCUUCACCCCCCCUGUCCAGACACCAGCUGAAGAGGCUGGAGGAGCACAGGUAACACGGAUCCCUGUAGACAGAGUUAGUCCAGUUCUGUGGUGGAGCUGUGACGUGUUUGGGAUGUACGGACAGUUAUGCCCAGAGGUGAAAGUGUCUGUUGUGGACGAGUUCAGUGUGUACUGAUCAGAGAGCCUUAUUUGUGGUUCUACGGUAUGAAGGAGGUCUUUGUGACGUUUUCAGGCUCUUCAUUGAGAAGCUGUUCAGAUAUUUGAGUUUACUUCAAAUUUUAUGAUCUGCUCAGUUUAGAGGAGGAUGUUCAUGUUCAUCAUGUUUAGGGUAAAGCAAAGUGAAGCAGUUUUAUUCCAACCCUCAAAAUCCAUUUAGAUUAGCGAUAUUGUUGUUAGCCCGCUUAAUUGGUGGCAUUUUGAGAUAAUUGGCAUCCUUUGAUUUCUGGGCUCAUGAGGCUGAUUUAAACCGGGGACUGCAGACACUGCUGGAAGCCUCAUCAGUGUAGCUGCUGUCAAGAAAUGUCAACAUCCCCUAUAAUGAGAACAUGUUAAAUGACAGCAGAUCAAAUUCAGCAGUGACUAACAAGUGUUUGACGUGUUUUCUGUUAUGAUCCGUAAGAUAACGGAGUUUAAUGUGGCCUCAGGCAUAAAUAUGUCAUGUUUUGGCUUCUAUAGCACAGCCUUGUUUGUCUGUCUUUCAUCUAGAAAGUCAUCACUGUGAAAGGAAGUGUGAGGGACUCACUUCCUGCUAACAGUGCAGCAGGUUGAGAGAUUACAAGACGUAUGGCUGUCUGAUUAGAAACCGCUGAAGACGCUGAAUGUUCCUCUUUCAAACUGACUGUACUUUGUUUUUUUAACACUUAACUGAUGUGUGAAUUCGGUCAGACUGUAAGUGUGACUUGGUUCAUUGCGUGAUAGUGCUUUUAUGUGUCUCCAUCAGGGGUCUGACUCGGUUCGGUUUGGUGCACACUGCACAAUUUUUUCUGUUUCCUUUGUUAAAAGUUGAGAAAUGUACCCAAAUAACCUGCCAGUACAGUUUUACUUUGUGUCCCGAUACAACUACAUUACUUAUAUGAUACCGAUGUUGUAUUCUCAGUAUUGGCCGAUACCGAUAUUGAUCUGAUAUAAGCACAAACUUGUGCACGACAAGUUUCGCACUCAGCUGCAAAGUCUUUAGGGGACUUAAACAAUAAAAUACUGCCACACGGCCAACAUCACUCCUACUCCUUUCUACUUUUUUAGUACAGUUGUUGUGAUUACACGGGCUCUGCAUGCUGCAUCUGGGUGCUGCUAGACAGUGAUCAAUACCUACAUAAAUGUUAUACUGUAGGAUCUGGAUCUUUCCAUUUGAAGGUAUAUGAAACACAUUGUUAUGUUGUCAUGUUUCAUCACCAGUUGCUGCACAAUCAAGCAGGCAACUAAUAACAAAAGCCAAGUCACUGUGUAAAAGAGCGGGUCCAGUUCUGCCUCUUACUCUCUGUUAGAGUGGAAUUGCUGCAGUCGUUUAUAAAGUAGAAGCAAAGGUGCAUGUUACAAUGAAGUGUGUGAUAACAUUGCUCAAUAUUGGAGUAAUGAUUCGAAGUUGUGAUAUGAAGUAGAAAAACACACAUACAGGGAAUUUCGACCCCCGUGAACUUUGCUCGCAGUAAUUUAUCCAAGUCUGCAGCAGAAAUUCAACUUUAAGGUCAUUACUCACAGUUUUUCAGUCGGUCUGCUGUUCUAAAAGUUUGACACGAUUCUUGCUUUUGGAGUUUGUUUUAACCUAAUCCAAAUAAAACUCACAAGUUAUUUUUGCCUCUCAGUUGGUACUUGUUAAUCUAAGGGGUGCAGAUAACCCUAGGACUGGGCGAUUUUAAAUUUUAGUUCGAUCACAGUGAUCAGCUGUGAGCAUAUUUACUCCAUCAAACAUAGAGGAAAUGUGCGUCACAACAGCCAAUCAGAGUCGAGCUUUUCCUGCUCACUUCUGUAAGUUGCCGGAGAAGUAAACAGAGGAAGUAAACAGAAUGACCGAAUGUGGAGCUAAACACGGAGCUGAGGGCAGCAAGAUUGAUGUCAGCCGUGACUUUGAGUCAUCCUCCGAAGAUGUAAUUGUUGAGAAGUUAUUCAACGUCGGUUGUGUGGCGGUGGUUCCGGUAUCUCAAAAGUGAAGGUAUGUCGGUGACUGGUGCCCUCAAAAACCGGCUACACAACAGAUCCAAGUAGCGGUGCAGCCACCAGACCAAAGCAGCAAUCAAUCGUAUCAUCUACGUUUACAUCAUUUACACACAUUUUAAGGCGUCUAGUUAGUUAAUUUCUAGUUUCUUUAGUUUUUAGUACAGAUGCUUUAAAACAGGCAGUUAAAAAAAAAACGUGAUAAUAAUCGAGAUCGGACGAUAGGACAAAAUCAUGAUCUUUUUUUGUGCCAAAUCACCCAGGCCUACUUUGGAGAUUGCUUGUUAACAUAAUACAGUUUCUUUUCUUUAUAGCAGUAAAUUCUGAUAAAAAUGUUGGUAAAACAAAUUCUUAUGUCACAAUAAUGAUGAAAAAGGGAUUUCUUUUGCUGCCCUUGUGUUAAAUAUGCUGAAUUUUUAACGUUCAACAGCUGAAUCUGCACAUUUCCUCAGUUUUAGCCCAGAUGAUAAAACUGCUAAUGUAAAAAUAUCAACAUGUUGGACUGACUUCCUUUAAAGACUCGCCUUUGUGGACGAGAUAAUGGCAGCUGAGUGCCUGAAGGAGGAGAACAUUACUUUUUACACAUGAAGAUGUUCGCUGCCUCCUCAGAGUUGCUUGAAGCUUUUUCGCUCAUAUGACUUCCUGCUCCGAGAGAACGGGGGGAAAAGCAGAGAUUUAUUUUUAUCAAACUCAAACACUAGCACGACAAAUAUGCUGAGAAAGCUGGCAUCUUAACCCCCUCUGCUCAGCACACAUGCUCAGUUAGCCUUCUAGACUGACAGGACCAACUGGUUCACAGCUCUGAUUCUUUGAGGUCUCACUCCAGAGCAUCACAGACGACGAGUUUACAAGAAUGAAGGUCCACAGCAUUCAUAUUGAAAUUACACAGAGUCUGAAGUUGUGUCAUGAUUGUUUCUGCAGGUACAGCAGUGCCGGGCGCUCCCUGCUGGAGCCUCUCAUGCAGCGUUACUGGGAGUGGUUGGUGGGACGAGUCCCCUCCUGGAUCGCCCCAAACCUCAUCACCAUCAUCGGCCUCGCCACCAACGUCUUCACCACCCUCGUGCUCGUCUAUUACUGCCCCACUGCCACCGAACAAGUGAGGCAAUAACUCAUCACUAAGUUUUGUGGUAUUUAACACAGAAGGGUCAUUGUGUAUUUCUUGUUUUUUUUUUUUUUUUUUUGGUGCUUAAACAAACACGUCAGAUUCAGGGUAUAAAAAAUAAAAGAAAUGUGGGUUAAAUGAAUGAGAAGGACUUUGUAGAAACAGGUGACAAAAGAUAGAUUCAUCCAUCCCUGUUGGAAAAAAGGAGAAAAACAGCAGCUUUCAGAAUCAUGUUUUUCUGCUUUUUGCUUUCAGCAGGUUAUAGAUGAACAGAAAUUCAGAUAAAAUGAGAUUAGACUUAACGAGACUUGAUCAAUCUGCAGAGAGGAAAUGUAGUUGUUGCAGCAACACAGACAUUUAGAAGGUAAGAACAGAUCAAGAUUAAGAGACAGUUGAUUGAAAUAGAUUUAUGAGUUCUGAGCAGGGUGAGUUGAGACCACUUUGAGACUGCCAUUGGGCCAGAUUUGGUCUGAGAGCCAGCGGUUGAGCAGCCUUGGAUUUCAGUGCUGAGAGCUGCUGUUCCUCGGUUUCCUUUAGCUGUAUGUCUUCAGAUCAACAGUCUGUAUUUGUGUUGUUUCAGGCUCCUCUCUGGGCGUACCUGCUCUGUGCAGUGGGUCUGUUUAUCUACCAAUCGUUGGAUGCCAUCGACGGGAAGCAGGCGAGACGCACCAACAGCAGCUCUCCGCUGGGCGAACUGUUUGACCACGGCUGUGACUCCCUUUCCACAGGUCAGUGUUUUCCUCUUUGCCUCUCUGUGAUCCUGAAGCUCGUUUUAAAACCUCCUCUCUCGGUCUCUGCAGUGUUUGUGGUGCUGGGAACCAGUAUAGCUGUUCAAAUGGGAACCAACCCGGACUGGAUGUUCUUCUGCUGCUUCGCCGGGAUGUUCAUGUUCUACUGCGCCCACUGGCAGACAUACGUGUCGGGAACGCUGCGCUUCGGCAUGUGAGUCGACAAAUCUGAGCAGGUUUUUUUUUAAUCUUAGCAGGUCUGAACGCCGUAUUCAAUACUGUCAGUUUCAGGAUCUAAAAGAUGUUUUAAAAUUGAUCAAAUGAAUGUGAAUGUGUCUUAAAGUGUUUUAAAAGAUUUCUAGCUAAACAGUUUAAAAUUAAUUAUGGCUGAAAACACGAAGAAAAUUCACAGAGAUGAUUAAAAAACAAGCGCACAUCCUCUGAAAAGGCAUCAAGGUCCUUACUCAGGUGUGACGGCGAGGGUGUCGUUUGGAUCUCUGAUGGAGUGAAGUCCACAAACACACCUGCAUUUGCCAAAAGAAGAAAAUUAAAAUGGAGACUCUUGUAAUUCUGUCCUGGUCGAAAGAAAAGUGUAAUCCAGCCUCCUGUCAGAUUUUCAAUGAUUACUUUCCUCUCUGUAGAUUUCGGUGUCUGUCAGUCAUGAAACUUGAGCAGUUAUUUGUGAGCUGCAGUAAACGUGGAUGUAUUCUGUGUGUAGAUUUGACAUAACAGAGGUGCAGAUCUGUCUAGCAGGAUUACAGACGCUCACAGCCACUGUGGGUCCCUGUCUGUGGAACGUGAUGGUAAACCUCCUGGCUGCUGCUGCUGCUGCUGAUGCUGCUGCAUGGCUCGCUGUUGUCUUCUUCCACAACCGAUGAGGCGUUUGAUUAUAAGUCAGUGUUUUCUGAUGAAGAUGCAGUCAGUAAAGUGUGGCUCAGAAAGACACUAACUGUUGGAAAUGUCUACAAAACAGUUAUCUCUGCAUUUACUUGUAAGAUCCUGUUUAAAUCAAAAUGCUCAUUCAGCUCCUUGAAAUGAAGAUCAAGUUUCAAGUUUCAAGUUUUAUUUGUCACAUGCCUAAAUGUACAGGUACAGUGGCAGUGAAAUAAAAGUCAUGUCUGCCAAAGAAACAGAAUAAUAAUAAGAAGAAAAUCAAAUAAUAUUUAGAAAGAGAUAAAAUAAAAAAUAGAAAUAAGAUAAAUAUCCACCCCUAUAUACAUCCUAUGUACAAUAACCGUAAAACAAAAAUAAAAUUUAAAUAUUUAAAAAAUAUUGACUCCUAUAAAGUAAACAAGGUAACAGAGGUUACCUGGAGCUCAGUUUUAACAUUCAAUAUGAUGUUUUUGCCGUAUUUUCAACUAAAUUUAGGCUUUGAAUGAUUUUCAAAACAUCAAAUUCAGUUUUAUUAAUAUUUUACACAGCAGCUAAAUUUUUUUUUAUUGUAGAAAAGUGAACUUCAUCUCUUCUUAAUACAGUCUAAACAGGAGAAAUUGAGAAAACGUUUUCUUUUUUUUCUUUUAAACCUAUCAAAUCUGAUUUCUCUUUGCAACCAGAGGAUCCGCGUCCUGCUAGUCAGUAGUGAGAAAGCAGGUUUAAAGUUCAUCAAAGUCUCCUCAGCUCAGUAUUUAAAACAUGUGCUCUCUUAAAUCUUUUAACCAAUAGAAAAGUUGUGAUUCUGUUGAAAGGUUAUUUUUUAAAUCAGGAGACAGGAUGAGAAUUCUUGAGGUGAUAACAUGUUACUGAUUGGAUCUUUAAAGCAGAUACUUCACCGUCCAAAUGAAACCUGGGAAACGUUGGCGUCCCGUCAGCCGUGUGUGUUGUGGAAGACGGCUGCAGGUUGAGUGUGUGCUGGUAGACGUCACUAAUCCUCACUGUCAAUUCUCUGCUUUCUCCUCCCACUCAGCAUUGAUGUGACUGAGGUGCAAAUCUUCAUAAUAAUCAUGUAUUUGCUGGCCGCCGUGGGAGGAUCAGCUUUUUGGCAGUCACUGGUAAUUGUGAUUGGUUCUAAUUCCUACAGAUUGACCUUAAUUUGACUGUUUGUGUCGUAAUUAUAGAAAGAUGUUUGUGUUGGUUUGUAGAAAAGCCGCUCUAACAGUCUUGUUUACCGUAAUUGUUUACAGAGUUAUAAAGAACGUCACUCGGACCAUUUUCUAACAUUACUCAUGAUGCUUUGAUUGUGGAUUUGAACCAAAAUGUUCUCACCAAUGACCAAAAAUAACAGGAAGAUUACUGAGAGAUAAACCCGUGUUGAUGUGAGCGUUUGUGUUGUCUUAUUGUCUCUUAAUUUCAGUGUUUGGGUGUCUCAAUUUUCAGAUUCCGAUCUUAAAUGUCCAGAUGAAAAUGAUUCCAGCCGUCUGCACUUUUUUAGGAGCCAUCUUCUCUUGCACCAAUUACUUCAGAGUUAUUUUUACAGGAGGCGUGGGCAAAAACGGAUCCACAAUAGCGGUAAGUUUGGAAACAAAACUCUUGGACGAGUUAUCCUCGGGUCACAUUUUUCAUAAGGUUUAGCCGUGAACAGCAGCAGCUCUGUUGGGUAUUUUCAGCGAUAUUAACAGUCUGUGUCUUUGUGUUUCUGUCCGCAGGGAACCAGCGUCCUCUCUCCCGUCUUACAUAUUGGUUCAGUUAUUAUUUUGGCCAUGAUGAUUUACAAGAAGUCUGCUGUCCAGCUCUUUGAGAAACAUCCAUGUCUUUAUAUCCUGGCGUUUGGCUUCGUCUCGGCCAAAAUCACCAAUAAAUUAGUUGUAAGUCAAAUCAACUUCAUAUAGAGAGAGAGAGAGUGCCACAAAAACAUGAUGCAAACUGUGCUGUUUAAGUUUACCUGCUCGGAUAAAUAAGAAUUAAAUUGACUGAAACUGAGUUUUUAGUUUAAGGGUUUGGUACAAAUGUUUGAACUUUUUCAUUUUUCAUCCACAGGUAGCACAUAUGACAAAAAGUGAGAUGCAUCUCCACGAUUUAGCCUUCCUGGGCCCAGGACUUCUGUUCCUGGAUCAGUAUUUCAAUAGUUUUAUUGAUGAGUACCUGGUGCUAUGGAUUGCAUUGGUAAGAAAACACGUUACAUUCAUUUGUACUCAGUUAUAGUGCCACCAUAUCCUGCAUGUGAUCUGUGUGUGUUUAUGUAGUUUCAUUUGUUUGAUAGGAGGAUGUAAGAACCCGAACAAAAGUCAAUGAUGACAUGAAAAUACUCUGAAUAUGUCACAGUUUUAGACCUAAAAUUUGUCUUAGUAGAAUAAAAGCUACAUUGAAAUGAAAAACAGAAACUCUGUCACAGUGGUAAUAAUAAUAAUAAUAAGUAGUAUUAUUCACUAGAAAGAAAUGAUUAAAAUAUUGAUCCUGAGCAGAAAUAAAGACAGUAAAAGGUAGAACAGAUGAAAACAAAUGUCACUGCAGAACUGUAACAGAGUUCUGAGUCGAGAAAGGGUGGACCUCCAUCUCUGUUUGACCACGACUUUGGCUCAGGAACUGUCAGCUGAUCCAAGAGGUCUUCAUGGGGAACAGGUCUUAAAAGCUCACUUACUGUAUGUAUUCAGGUGUAUGUAUACUGUGAGUAAAGAGUCAGCAGUGCAGUCAAUCUAAGAUGGGAGAGAUCAGUUAGAGAUACUGUGUUGUUGAUCAGAGUAUGAAGAUGAUAGAGCUCUGGUAAAAUAAAGUCUUUAUUUCUCAUUUUUGAAUAAUAAAAAUCUAAAUAAUAAGACUCAGGGGCUGUACUCUGAAAGAUUCUUAGUGCUAAGGAUUCCUUGUUAGGACUUUUGAGGUAAAGUUAGGAGCUCUCUGAGAGGAUCCUCAGAAUCUUUAGGAACGCAGGCCCAGAUCUUUAGCUGCUUUAAAAACAGACAACGCAGCAGCUCUCCAAGUAACUAAAUCUGUUUACAAAACAGAUGAAACACGAGUCAGACUCCAGAGUUAGACCACACGUUUAAAAGUGUGAGUUCUGUCCUCAGUGUCGUGUCUCAUCAUGUUCAGAGACAUUUUAGUUUAAAUAGACAGUUUAUUGACACUCUCUCAAAAGACUGAAUUUAUGAAGUCAAGUCUGACAGAUUUUCAGUAAAAUUGGUGAUGAAAUAGCUUCAAGCUGUGUAUUUGUGAUUCUAUAAUUCUGAUAUGAUUAUAAGUAAGAGCUUGGUCGUAGCACUUGUGUGGUUUUUACAUAUUUCCUGUCAGUACGGUGUUGAUGUCGUGUGCAGGUCAUUGUGGUCUCUUUUCCUGUAAACACUGAUUUAUUCUCCUCCCCCUGUUUCUCCUGCAGAUCAUUUCCUUCUUCGACUUGGUGCGUUACUGUGUCAGUGUUUGCAACCAGAUUGCCUGCCAUCUUCACAUCUUUGUUUUUAAAAUCAAGCCUUGUUCGGCGCUCAGCUCCGCCCCUCACUGA